GGCUUUAGUGCUGUGUGUUAUCUAAGCUGUAAAACCUGUUAUAACAACUUCUUGCAGGAACACGAAGUUCACUCUGAAACAGGUAUCAGCCAGUACAGGUGGAAUAUAUCUUAGGUGGUUAAACAGAUUUCAAGUGAGACACACACUCUGAGAUGAGUGAAGAGGCCGAGGGGGCUGCAGGUCACAGGAGACCAGAGUCUGCACUACACAGCUGUGUGACCAUGGAGACUGACCAGGAUACUGUUAGCAUGAACAAAGCAUCAACACGGACCAGUGCAGGAGCACACACACACAGACCUCCAUCUCCAGUGCCCAGCUGUGUCUCCAUGAAGAGUGAUAAGUCCAUGGAUGAUAUGCCCCAAUUCAGCAGUGGACAAGUCCCAUCAGGACUAAAUGAGCUCAGUACUGAUCUGACUCAGGAUCAGUCCAGAUGUGGAGUGUGUGAGCAGGUACUGAGGGACCCAGUCAUCACCACCUGUGGACACAGUUUCUGCAGGCAGUGCAUCAGCAGCUACUGGGAGCAGCCUGGACCACAAGGGGACCAAGCCUGUCCCCAGUGUGGAAAGACAUGCAGAACCCAACCUCCUCUACAGCCUCCUCUGGAUGAACACACAGAUAUGAGCACACAGGGUGAACACACAGGCCUGAUCAACAGCAGAAGACACCUGCACACUGAACAUACACCAGGCAAAAAGAGGGAACUAGACGAGGACCUGAGAAGAGUUAUAAAGAAUCACAAAGCCAGUCUGAAGAGGAGGUUUGAGAACAUAUCUGAAGGCAUCAUCAACAAGUCAGGAACUCACACACCCCUGAACAAGAUCUACACAGAGCUCUACAUCACAGAGGGAGAGAGUGAAGGGGUGAAUAAGGAACAUGAGGUUUGGCAGGUAGAGUCAGCAUCCAGAUCUCAAUCCACAGAAGACACACCAAUCAACUACAAUGACAUCUUCAAGCCCUUAGCUGGACAGGAGAAGCACAUCAGAACUGUGAUGACCAAAGGUGUUGCUGGAAUUGGAAAAACAGUCUCAGUGCAAAAGUUCAUUCUUGAUUGGACAGAUGGAGUAGCAAAUCAGGAUGUAGAUUUUAUGUUCCCCCUUUCUUUCCGGAUGCUGAAUUUAGUCAGGGGUGAUCAGUACAGUCUUCACAGGCUCCUGCUUGAAUUCCACCCUGAGCUGAAGGAGCUGAAUGAUGGUGAAGGAUACAAAGACUGUCAGGUUGUGUUCAUCUUUGACGGUUUGGAUGAGAGUCGGUUGACUCUGGAUCUGGAACAGAACAGUAAGUUGGCUGAUGUAAAACAAACAUCAUCAGUGGAUGUUCUGAUGACGAGCCUCAUUCAGGGAACUCUGCUUCCCUCUGCACUCAUCUGGAUAACCUCACGACCAGCAGCAGCAGCCAGUCAGAUUCCUGCUCAGUUCAUCGACCAGGUAACAGAAGUACGAGGAUUUAAUGACCCACAGAAGGAAGAAUACUUCAAGAAGAGAAUUAGUGAUGAGAGUCAGGCCGACAGAAUUAUCUCCCACAUUAAGGCAUCUAGGAGUCUCCACAUCAUGUGCCACAUUCCAGUCUUCUGUUGGAUUGCAGCCACUGUACUUCAGCAGAUGCUGGAAAGGAAAAACAUCAAAGACAUUCCCAAAACACUGACUGGGAUGUUCAUACAAUUCUUGCUGAUCCAGACAAAUCGAAAGAAUCAGAAAUAUCAAGAAAGCCAAGAAACAGAUAAGAAGAGGCUCUUGGAAUCACAGAAAAAAAUACUACUGAAGCUGGCAGAACUGGCUUUCAAGAAUCUAGAGAAUGGCAACCUCAUGUUUUAUGAGGAAGACCUGAGAGAGUCUGGCAUUGAUGUCAGUGAAGCCUCAGUUUACUCUGGCAUGUGCACCGAGAUCUUCAAGGAAGAAUCUGUGUUUCACCAGAGGAAGGUCUACUGCUUUGUGCAUCUGAGUGUCCAGGAGUUUCUGGCAGCUGUGUUUGUGUUUCACUCAUAUUUAGCUAAGAACCUUGAGACAUUGAAAACCCUCUUCAGUGAUGAGCGUAGACAUGAAGUCAAUCCAUCAAUGUUAUAUUCUUUUCAAUCAGCACUACGAUUAAAACCUCAGGAUGACUUGCAUGUUUUACUUAAGAGUGCAGUUGAUAAGGCUUUGGAGAGCCAGAACGGACACCUGGAUCUCUUCCUUCGCUUCCUCAUGGGUAUUUCUGUGGAGAGCAAUCACAUACUUCUGCAAGGUCUACUGAGCAACACACACAACAGCUCUGAUAGUAUUAAGGAAACAUGUCAGUACAUGAAGAAGCUCAACAGGGAAGGUCUCUCUCCUGAACGAUGCAUCAAUCUUUUCCACUGCUUGCUUGAAAUGAAUGAUGAUUCCAUGCACAAAGAAAUUCAGAAAUACCUGUCAUCCCCAAAGAAAAUCAAACAGAAGUUGUCUCCUGCCCACUGUUCAGCACUGGCCCACAUACUUCUGAUGUCUGAGGAGGUGCUGGAUGAGUUUGAGCUAAAGAAAUACAACACAUCAGAUGAGGGUCGCAGGAGACUGCUCCCAGCUGUGAGGUGCUGCAGAAAGGCACGACUUGCUGAAUGCAAACUCUUAGAGAACUGUGGCUGUGGAAAUGUGGAAAUUGUGGCUACUGUUCUACAGUCACCAAACUCCCUGAUACAGCUGGACCUGAGUGACAAUGACCUGGGAGAUUCUGGAGUUCAGCUUCUCGCUAAGGGACUGUCUAGUCCCCACUGCAAACUCCAGACAUUAAGGCUUGCUGAUUGUAAACUCACAGAUACGUCUUGUGAGAUUGUGGCUUCAGUCCUACAGUCACCAAACUCCCUGCAACAGCUGGACUUGAGUGACAAUGACCUUGGGGAUUUUGGAGUUCAGCUUCUCUCUAAGGGACUGUCCAGUUCCAACUGCACAAUACAAACAUUAAGGCUUGCUGAUUGUAAACUCACAGAUACGUCUUGUGAGAUUGUGGCUUCAGUCCUACAGUCACCAAACUCCCUGCAACAGCUGGACUUGAGUGACAAUGACCUUGGGGAUUUUGGAGUUCAGCUUCUCUCUAAGGGACUGUCCAGUUCCAACUGCAAAAUACAAACAUUAAGACUUGCUGAAUGCAAACUCUUAGAGAACUCCUGGAAAAUUGUGGCUACUGUUCUACAGUCACCAAACUCCCUGAUACAGCUGGACCUGAGUGACAAUGACCUGGGAGAUUCUGGAGUUCAGCUUCUCGCUAAGGGACUGUCUAGUCCCCACUGCAAACUCCAGACAUUAAGGCUUGCUGAUUGUAAACUCGGAGAUACGUCUUGUGAGAUUGUGGCUUCAGUCCUACAGUCACCAAACUCCCUGCAACAGCUGGACUUGAGUGACAAUGACCUUGGGGAUUUUGGAGUUCAGCUUCUCUCUAAGGGACUGUCCAGUUCCAACUGCACAAUACAAACAUUAAGGCUCUCUGAUUGUCUCAUCUCAGAGAAGGGCUGUGGUUUUCUGGUUUCAACCCCCUUUCCCUCUCAUCUAAAAGAACUGGAUCUCAACUACAAUUAUCCUGGAGAAUCAGGAAUGAAGCUGUUAUCUGCUAGACUGGAGGAUCCUGUCUGUAAACUGGAGAUACUGAGAACUGACCACGCUUCUUUAGACAGAGCACGACCACGUUUGCUGAAAUAUGCCUGUGAUCUCACACUGGACCCAAACACAGCAAACAGAUUUCUCUCUCUCUCUGAGUGGAACAGAAAGGUGACAUGUGUGAAGAAGGAGGAGCAGCCGUAUCCUGAACACCCAGAGAGAUUUGACUCUAUUUAUCAGGUGUUGUGUAGCGAGGGUCUGACUGGACGCUGCUACUGGGAGGCUGAGAGGAGUGGAGAUGGAGAUGAGAUAUCUGUGGCCUAUAAAAGCAUCGAGAGGAAAGGGAGGGGUGAUGACGUCAUAAUGGGACGGAAUGCCACGUCCUGGAGUCUGGACUGCUCUUCUGAUCACAGAUACUCUGUCCUGCACAAUAAUAAACGCACUGCCAUACCUGCCCCCUCCUCCGGCUCCAGAACAGUAGGAGUUUACCUGGACUGGCCAGCCGGCACUCUGUCCUUCUACAGCGUCUCCACUGACACACUCACCCACCUGCACACGUUCCACUCCACAUUCACUGAGCCCCUCUAUCCAGGGUUUGGGGUUUGGAGAUCUGGCUCCUCAGUGUCCCUGCGCAAAAUCACAUGAGCUCGUUCUCCAACAGGUACAUCCACCCUUUUCUCUCUCUCUCUCUCUACCUCUACCCUCAGUCUCUGUCCCCCUCUUCUCUUCUCUUCCUCUCUCUGUCUCAUUCUCCUCCAUUUUCAGAUGUGUGUGUGUGUGGUUUGUAGGACACUGUAAUGUAAUACAGGCUUGUAGGCACAAUAACCUCUUUUACAAACAACUUUAGUAAAGAGGUUAUUACAUUAUAUUUUGCUUUGCAUCAGAUUCAAUGUUGGCAUAUCACACACAUCAAGCUAAUAUUUUUGAAGUUGUGUGUGUGUGUGUGUGUGUGUGUGUGUGGUUUGUAUGACACUGGUGUCUAUUUAACCAACUGCCAAAAUUCAGACUUAAAUUCAUCAAGUCAAGACUCUGUGUAACAUUCCGCAGUAACCACGUAACCGUAGCAACAUCCAUUCUGUUGAUCUGUGGCCCUGGCAGUUGAGCAGGGCUUGUUACUAUGGCAAUAGCUCCAGCUUUGGCCCAUAGACUGUAUAAAGAACUAGAUAGAUAGAUACUUUAUUGAUCCCCAGGGGAAAUUCAAGGAACUGCAGGAACACCAGUCACACACACUCCUGUUCAUACACAUGUGUAAUGUAUGUAUGUAUGUAUAUUCAAUUAUAUAAUUACUGUUUUGAUGAAACUAAACAAAUGCUGAUAUUGCUUUCUUUAUAUUAUGCUCUUUCCCUAAAAUGAAUGUGUGGAUUAUGAGAAUGUUUCAGCAACAACAAUAUGAUUUAUUCUGUUCUCCCUAAAGUAUAGUUAUUUGCUGAAUUAUCUUUGAAAAAUGAUUUGCUGAUCUGAGGUGUCAGUGUUUUUAUAUGUGUUGGCAUAGAAAAAACAUGUUUGCCUGUUGCUUGUUUUUCUUACUUAAAAUAUGUAAAUAAAAUGUGUUUCUGGCUUUUAAAUGUCUAAAUAAAGAUUCUGAAAGGA